AUGAACUGUGGGACUCACCUUUUUGAAUUUUCAAGAGGCAGUAUUUGGAUCACAGAAGGAAACACGCUUAUCAUUGGCUAUGACGUUUGUCAUCCAGAGCCGCAAAUCAAACGUGGAGAAGAAAAGGGAACACCGAAAAGUCCAAGUGUUCUGGGAAUAAGUUUCAAUGGGGCUUCUCACCCUGGAAUGUUUAUUGGCGAUUACGCAUUCCAAACAUCAGGAGCCGAGCAGGUGCCGCGCUCCAUUCUAAAGGAGCGGGCCAGAUGGAUUUUACGGCUUUUUCACGAAAGCCGCAAAAAGUUACCCGAAACUGUCAUUAUUAUUCGCGACGGAGUGUCAGAAGGGCAGUACAGAAUGGUGAUGUGUGAAGAAGUUAAUGCAAUUCGAGACGGCUUGCGUGAAUCCGCUUACGAAAUAAAUCGAACUAGUCCCUAUAGACCGAAGAUUGUCUGCAUCAUUGUGUGCAAGCGACAUAGCAAGCGUUUUGCUAUCAAAACAGAUAAGGGGUUUGUCAACUGUGUCCCGCUCACGGUGAUUGAUCGGGAUGUCACGCGUCCAGACACCACGGAAUUUUUCAUGCAGUCGCACAGGAUCACAAUGGGCACGGGAAAGAUGCCAGCUUACACGGUGCUAAUAAAUGAAAAAGGGUUGGAAAUGGAUGAAGUGCAAUCGUUGUUAAUGGCUUUGUGCUAUACGCACCAAAUUAUAACCCAGGCAGUUUCGAUUCCUGAGCCAGUCUUUCAGGCGCAUGAAUGGGCAAAAAGAGGCAGCAACAUCUUCAAAGCCAGAGCAAGCGAAAGGAGGCCAUUGCCGAGAACAGAGGAUGGGGAAUAUGACUGGGAGAGAAUCACGCGAGAACUUUGUCGUAUGGGCACGCAACUGCAAUCCACACGCUCCAACGCUUGA